AUGGGGCAAAGUAGUUCUACACCUGGAUUUAAUUUAUAGCAAUAUUAAUAUAUAAAUUAGAUAAUAGAUCCCAGAUUUGGAAACAUUAAGUUAUAUUAAAAGAAUGAGACUGGAGAAACAAUUUGCAUAAUUGAAAAGAAUUUCAUUUAGAUCAACAAUCCUGUUAAAAAUCUAGAUCAUCCAAACAUAUUAAAAGUCCAUUACUAUAAGGCUGAUAUAUGUAAAAAUAUUUGUUCAUCCUUUACAAAAUUACAACUUAUUUAAGAAUAUGUAAGUAACGAGUUAAGAUCGAACAUAAAAAAUAGAGCAAACAAAUAAUAAUAUUUUGAGGAGAAAUAAUUAUGGGGUUUGCUAUCCAUGUGUUUAAAGGCAUUAAUGUAUUUUAAAUCAUUUUAAAUAUAUCCAAUGGACUUAAAAAACAUUCUCCUUUCUAAUUAAGGAGCCAUCAAAUUUCAAUCUUAUUAUGAUAUUUCAAAUAGUCAAUACAUGCAAUUAUUGAAUUAGAUCACAGAAGAUAUGCACAUCUCCCCUGAGGAAUUGGAAUGCCUAAAAUCCAAAGAACAAGUAUUAAACUUAGAUUUUGAGAAAUGUGAAAUAUUUUAAUUGGGAUUAACAGCAUUAUGGGCUGCUACUCUAGCCGAUACUAAUUCAUUGUUUAGUUAUGACACUCUCAAUUACAGUGAAUAUGAGAUGAAACAACGAAUAGAGGAAUUAAAUUAUAGUUAAUAAUUUAAAAAUAUCCUAUUAAAAAUGCUGAAAAGAUUCCCUCAAGACAGAGGAUCAUUCAAUGAACUUCUCUAAGUAGUAUCCUAUCAUGAAUGUAAUGAGAAUCUAUUAGAAAUCAAACCAUUAAACUAAAUGGACUAAAGCAUACAAUAAAUAUCUAGAAUAAGGUAGUAAUAUAGUUCUAGAUCACUGUUAUCUGAUAACAAUAUUGCUAAGAAUGUAAAUGAAGAUUGUUAACUCUCGAGAAUUUCUAAUUAAUCUAACUUUCAAUUGUAACAAAAUGAAACCAGCAAAAUAUCUUUGGAUAACAAAUUUAAUAUUUCUGAAUCAUAAAACUCGCUCAAACCAGAUAUACAUCCAAUCAAUAAAUAUAGAAAUAAACCAAGCUUUUCAUAAAAUAAAUAACAAUAAGAUACCUAGAAUAUUUAUUUGUAAAUUGGUACUCCUAAUCAUUCUCCAGAAUCAAAAAAUACCUCCAAAAUAUCAUUAUCGACAAAAAAUCAAUUUUCUCAAGCUCCAAAACCAACAAGUUUAUUAGCCAACCCACUGAAAUUAAAUUAAUAACCCUAGUAGCAACUUAAAAAUAAUAUUCCAAAACCGUAAAAACCUGAAAAACCUUAAAGUCAUCAUUAACUUUAUGAUACUUCCUAUUUCUCAUAGUUGUCAUUAAUGAGUAAUAGGAGUAUUCUGGAAAACAAGGUUGAAGAUGCUAUACUAAAAAGUAAAAUUGCCUUAGAAAAAUUUGAUUAAACAAUAAAAUAAACAAAAUAAUUUAGAAAUUGA